AUGGUAGACGAAAUAUUUCGAGUAGAUUUCUUUUGCUUUAAAAUAAACAUAUCCCUGCAACAUGGAUUACAUAAAUUAUAAUCCUGCAAGUGAGCCUAUGCUUUCCGAAAAUACUUUUGCUAUAGACUUGGAUGAAAUGGCUGUUACUUUCGGGCAAAUUGAGAAGAUCGUCGACUAUGAUGAUAUGCAGCGGCGCCCUGUAGUCGAUGAUGCGAAAUGGAAGAAACUGUUGAAGAAUUAACAACAGAAUUCAGCACUGUCGCAUUAACGAAUAGGUCCAAGAAGCGCAAGCAAUAUAGUGAGCACAGCAUUAGACGGUUGAUUCACUUAAUCCAAGAGGCUGGGCUUACAGUUCCCAAAGCUGCGGUUGAGUGUGGCAUUCCGAGGUCCACCGCUUAUAAGUU